AUGGCCUCCUCACGCAAACCCUUCUCGUAUCGAACCCAACAAAUCUUCGACAAACUAAAAGUCAACAACAACUCAGACGAUGGCGAAGAAAGCGGGCAAUUCGGCAAAUGGUCUAACAAGGAUCUCGACCCAUCACCACCAUCACAACGGACCUGGUCCGCAUGGUCUUUUUUUGCGUUUCAGUUCAGUAUUGCUUUCUCGCCGACGACGUAUAACGCUGGUGCCAGUUUGUAUGCGAUUGGGUUGAAUUGGUGGACUAUUUUUAUUGCUUCUAUUAUUGUGUCGAUUAUGAUUGCUGUUCUCCUCUUCUUGAAUGCCAGAGGACCUGCUAGAUACCACAUCGGAUAUCCGACUAUUGUCCGUUCAUCAGCCGGUAUUUAUGGCUCUCUCGUGUUUAUCUUCAUUCGUGGUGUCGUGGCGAUCCUGUAUAUGAGUAUCCAGACGUACUACGCCAGCUCAUUCCUGGCGGUCAUGCUACGCUGCGUCUUCGGACAUCGUUGGACUGAGUUUCCCAAUCACCUCCCUGCAAGUGCCGCCAUCACCUCUGCCAAUCUGUUGGCAUUCGGCCUGCUAUGGCUCAUCCAAUUCCCAUUCGCAUUCGUGCAUCCCAGCAAGAUGGCACGCGUAUUCCAGAUCAAAUCCAUCAUCGCACCUAUCGGAUUAAUAGUGACUAUGAUAUGGGCUCUAGCAUCCAGCCACGGCGCCGACUUCAACGGCUUAAGCUCCAAAACCGUUUCCGGCGCCGCCCUCGGCUGGUCCUUCAUGAAAGCCAUCAACUCCAUUGUCUCGAACGUUAUCCCGCCCUUGGUCAAUAUCGCGGACCUCGCUCGAUAUGUGCAAAAGCCGCGCGAUACGUUGCCGAUGCCAAUUGGGUUGGUCGUGAGUAAGCCUCUCGUUGUGUUCUUGGGCAUGGUGAUUACUGCUGCGGGAUAUAAGCAGUUUGGUGAGGCGCACUGGAAUCUGUGGGAUUUCUACUCGAGUGUUUUGGAUCAUUACUGGAGUCCGGGGGCGAGGGCGCUUGUCUUCUUGGCUGCUGGUAUUCAGGCAUUCGCAACAUUCGUCACAAACUUUACGAGUAAUUCGAUCCCCGUUGGCUGCGAUCUCACAGGCUUGUUUCCACGUCAUUUCACCAUUGUGCGUGGCCAGGUCUUGUGCUUUCUUCUCGCCUGGGUGUGCAUCCCCUGGAAACUAACCCACUCCGCAACUUCAUUCUUAAACUUCCUUGGCUCCUAUCUCUGCUUCAUCUGCCCCAUCGUUGCUUGCAUGGUAGUCGACUACUGGUUCGUCCGCAAAGGAAACCUACACAUCCCCUCCCUCUACAAACCUUCCCAAGACUCAAUCUAUUAUUACACCUGGGGCUUCAAUCCCCGCGCUUUCGUGGCCUGGGUCGUCGCCAUCGCCCUCGUAAUUCCAGGCGUAGCCUCCGUCCUGUCCCCGGGAUCAAUUGGCGCUGCCGCCGUGAAGAUAUACAACAUGGGCUUUUUACUAUCCACCAUUGUCGCCGGAUUGGUGUAUUACAUCGCUUGCCGUAUCUGGCCAGUCCCGAUAUUCCCCGCAGAAUUGGAUGGCCGAAUGGAUAAGUCGUGGGAGGCGAUUGGCUAUACAGAAGGAUUUUUCGCUGAAGACGAGGUUGUGCCGGAGUAUUUGAGGGAGAAGGUUUUCGAUGAGAGUCGGAGAAUUGAUGUGAAGUCGAAGGAAGCGGCGAUGAAUGAGGAUGGUGAACAUUCGACGCGGUGGGUUUGA